GUCUGACAUUUGUACUUACUGGUAUACAAGUAGGUUGUCAAUUGUUUUGUGCUUUGAAAAUUUUCAGCAAGAUUGAUGACCGAAAUAAAUAGCUUGGGCUUGUGUAAAAGAAUUCAUUAAAACUUUCAUGAUGAUUUUUGUUGUAACAUAAGCUCAUCUGUCUAUUGGCCUGCACUUAUCUAUGUUUUUUUCCCUUGUUUCUGAUUUCUCCUUGCAGUGAAACAAUUUUUGGUUACCAUAACUUGGAAGUGCAGUUGUAUUACCAUUCUGGUACUCUCCUAACAUACAUGGGCUUGAAGCACGAUGGUGAGGUCAAUAGCAAGAUCGUAGAAGGAGUAGAGCCGGACCCUGUUCUGAGCACUAUUGCAGAGAGAUAUCCAGCUGGAUGUCUGACAAAUUUAGAUGAGUUUAUUGCAAGACUUCCUGAUGAAGGGAAAUUCAGGCCAAUGGGAGAUUUGUUGCAUUCGUACAAGAAAAGUGAUGUUGAAUAUGAAAUCUACAAGGCUGAUGUAACUACACCAAGACUCAAGGAUUAUCAUGAUAGACUGCAGCCAUUUGUGCUGUGGUUCAUUGAUGGAUCAUCCUAUAUAGAUUCUGACGAUGAAAGAUGGCGUUAUUUCCUUUUAUUUGAAAAGAGAAAGGAAGCAGGGGAAACAUAUUACAGUGUCGCAGGCUAUGUGACUGUUUAUCAGUAUUAUGCAUACCCAGACAAGAUAAGACCACGCAUCAGUCAGAUGUUGAUUCUUCCUCCUUUUCAAAGACAAGGCCAUGGAGUUGAGAUGCUGCAAACCGUUGAUAGAUUCUACAUCAAAGAUCCGCAAGUCUUGGACAUUACAGUUGAGGAACCUUCCUACGACUUUAUCAGAUUACGGGACUAUGUAGAUGCUUUGGACUGUAGCAAACUCUCAGCAUUUGCACCAGACAAUCUGUGCAAUGGUUUCAGUGAUAAAAUGGUGCAACAGGCCCGUGAAGAGCUGAAGAUCAACAAGAUUCAAUGUCGGAGAGUAUACGAAAUUCUGCGACUUCGUGUCACAGAUCUUAGUAAUCCUGAGGAAUACAAGUCUUACAGGCUUGAAGUAAAGAAGAGGCUCAAUAUUCCUUUUCAGAAAGAGAAAGCUGAUCUAGAAAAGUUAAAACUCAUUUUAAAGCCAGAAGAAAUGAGUGCCACAGUAAACUUGCAGACUCCACAUGAACGAAUGCAGCACCUUGAGCAGGUCUACCAAGAACUGGAGACACAUUACAAGAAGACAAUUGAGAGAAUUGCUGCUACUUAACAAGCUCAAUCCAUUUACUGUUUAAAUGAAAUGACUGGGCUAAGACAGAAGGCUCUGUAAUACAUCAUUAUAGUUGCUUCAUAGCAUUCUUCCAACAAAAAUUAACAUGCAACCAGACUUUGUUUGAUAGUUUUAGCUCCAUGUUCUGGUGAAACAACAAUUUCAUAUUUUUUUAGUGAGUUCUGAUAAUGGUGCCACUUGUAACCAAAAGGCAGCUGGAAUCAUCAUUUCAGCCAAAAAAUCUGAAAAUUUCAGCAAUUUUCUGCAAAUGAUAUAUGAAAUGUUUGACUGCAUUUCCAAACAUGAAGAAGAGAGUUGAAAAUGCUCUGCCUAGCAGUGUUCUUUUUUCAUGAAGAACUUUGUAUCUUCUCAAUUAAAACUAUAACUAAGGAGAAAACGAAGAACUAAAUCAUAAAAAAAGAAUAAAAUUAGCACAGUUGGAGAUCUGAUCUUGAAAGAUCACAUCUCCAAACACCAUCAUGUUUUGAUUUCCUUUGUUUAAACUUGAUGAAUCGUUGGUGUAUAUUUUGAGAAAAUCUGUUCUGAAAUAAAUUAUUAUGGACUACUUCCA